CGAGAACACCGAUCAAGUCAAAGCCGCAAGAGAGCGACAACAAAGGGAAGAGACAAAGUACGAAAAGCUGAACCGACCUUUAAUGCACCGCGUUCUGCGACCUUUGAAAGCAGGAGAAACCGUCCUUAUCCAAGAUACGCUAUCGAAAAAGUGGACGGAAAGCGGAACCAUAGUAUCCAGGAGAGCCAGCGGAAAGUCAUACGUCGUAGAAGCCGCAGACGGAUGGACGGUCAUCCGCAACAGACGAUUCCUGAAACCAACGCAAAAGGAGAAGUCCCUCACCCCAGACGGCUAG